GCCAAAACGACGACGGUUCUUUCUACUUAUUAGUUUCAUAAAGUUAGUAUAAAUUAGGUUAGGUCACCCUCACUUGGCCUCAAAAGGGUUUCCCGCGCUCUUGCCUAGUUGAAAAAAAAACCAGUCUCAAUCUUCACAAAUCUGAGCCAAAAUCCUAACUUUAUCACUGUUUUACAAUUUUUAGCCCUAUUUGAUAUCUGGGUAUCUAAAGAAAUUGCAAAAUUUCCAAUAAAAGUUUUGAAAUUUAGUGUCUUUUUUCAUCUGGGUAAUUCAGAUUCUAUUUAAACAAUGCAUUUUAGGUUAAACCCAUAUAGGAUAUAUUGUACAAGUGUUGGAAUUUCCUCCCUUUCUCAGAUUACAAGGUAUGCCCGUAUCGGCCAUAUCGAGAAUGCCCGGAAGGUGUUUGAUAAAAUGCCUGAUAAAAGCAUUGUUGCUUGGAACUCAAUUAUUGCUGGGUAUUUCCAAAAUUAUCAGCCCCGAGAAGCUAAGAUUUUGUUUGAUAGAAUGCCGGAGAGGUGUGUUGUUUCUUGGAAUGGGUUGAUAUCCGGGUAUAUAAAGAAUGGGAUGGUUAGUGAAGCUAGAAAGAUAUUUGAUUUGAUGCCUGAAAGGAAUGUUGUUUCAUGGACUGCUAUGGUUAGGGGAUAUGUGAAAGAGGGUAUGGUUUCGGAGGCUGAAUCACUCUUUUGGCAAAUGCCUGAAAAGAAUGUCGUGUCGUGGACGGUGAUGUUGGGUGGUCUAAUACAAGAGGGUCGUAUUGAUGAGGCUUGUCGGAUUUUUGAUAUGAUGCCUGAGAAGGAUGUCGUGGCAAGGACUAGUAUGAUUGGAGGGUUUUGUCAAGAAGGGCGGUUGACUGAAGCUCGUGAGAUUUUUGAUAUGAUGCCUGAGAAGGAUGUCGUGGCAAGGACUAGUAUGAUUGGAGGGUUUUGUCAAGAAGGGCGGUUGACUGAAGCUCGUGAGAUUUUUGAUGAGAUGCCACGAAGGAAUGUGAUUACUUGGACUACUAUGAUUUCUGGGUAUGUGCAUAACCAGCGGGUUGAUGUUGCUAGAAAGCUUUUUGAAGUGAUGCCAGAGAAAAAUGAGGUGUCAUGGACAGCGAUGCUGAUGGGGUACACUCAAUGUGAGCGGAUAGAAGAGGCUUUGGAGCUUUUUGAUGCAAUGCCAGUGAAGUCAAUUGUUGCUUGCAAUGCGAUGAUCCUUGGACUUGGCCAGAAUGGGGAGGUAGCUAAAGCAAGGUGGGUGUUUGACCAAAUGAGAGAGAAAGAUGAUAGGACUUGGAGUGCAAUGAUAAAGGUUUAUGAACAGAAUGGAUUUGAAUUGGAAGCACUUAAUUUGUUUGCUGUAAUGCAAAGAGAAGGAGUUAGGCCUAACUUCCCUUCUUUGAUCAGUGCUCUCGGUCUUUGUGCCAGCCUGGCAAGUCUUGAUCAUGGUAAACAGGUUCAUGGCCAGUUGGUGAGAUCCCAGUAUGAUCUUGAUGUGUAUGUUGCCUCAGUAUUGAUCACAAUGUAUGUUAAAUGUGGCAACCUUGUGAAGGCAAAGUUGGUGUUUGACAGGUUUGCUCCAAAGGAUAUUGUUAUGUGGAAUUCUAUUAUUACAGGGUAUGCUCAACAUGGUUUAGGUGAGGAAGCUUUGCAGGUUUUCUAUGAGAUGUGUUCUUUGAACAUUUUGCCCGAUGAUGUCACCUUUAUUGGAGUUCUUUCAGCAUGCAGCUACACUGGGAAGGUUAAAGAAGGGUUUGAAAUUUUUGAGUCAAUGAACUCCAAAUAUCAAGUGGAGCAAAGAACCGAACACUAUGCUUGCAUGGUUGAUCUACUUGGACGGGCAGGACAGGUAAAUGAGGCAAUGAAUUUGAUUGAGAGUAUGCCAGUGGAGGCAGAUGCUGUUGUUUGGGGUGCUUUAUUAGGUGCAUGUAGAACCCACAUGGAACUGGAUUUGGCUGAAGUUGCAGCAAAGAAACUUGUACAGCUUGAGCCCAAAAAUUCUGGGCAUUACACUUUGCUAUCAAAUAUUUAUGCAUCCAAAGGUAAAUGGGGUGAUGUUGCAGUCUUGAGGAAAAAAAUGAGAAGAAGAAGUGUGAGCAAGUCACCUGGCUGUAGUUGGAUUGAGGUGGAAAAGAAAGUACAUAUGUUUACAGGGGGAGAUAGCAUGGGCCACCCUGAGCAGGAAUUGAUCAUGAAAAUGUUGGAGAGAAUAAGUGGAUUGUUAAGAGAAGCUGGGUACUGCCCUGAUGGUAGCUUUGUGCUGCAUGAUGUGGAUGAAGAAGAGAAGGUGCAUAUGUUGGGGUAUCAUAGUGAGAAACUCGCUGUAGCAUAUGGACUACUAAAGUUGCCAGAAGGGGUGCCCAUUCGGGUGAUGAAGAAUCUUCGGGUUUGUAGGGACUGUCAUUCUGCAAUCAAAUUAAUAGCAAAAGUGACAGGGAGGGAUAUCAUUUUGAGGGAUGCUAAUAGAUUUCAUCAUUUUAAGGAUGGAUUGUGUUCUUGCAAAGACUAUUGGUGAUUGUGCAUAUAAUGUUUCUUACUAGAUCCAAGGACUGACUGAUUUAGAGACAUCAGUCAUGCAUACUUACCUUCCCUGAGUCUUAUAUUAGAUAUUCAAGCAAAGUCUUGACGUUACUGGACAAUUGCAAACUAAGAUUGUGUUUUAUUAUUAUUUUUGGAACGAUGGAAAUAAUAAAUUGUGAAUUUUAGCUGAAAUGUGCUCAGCAAAUCAACCAUGGAGUUCUGUUUAUAAUGGCUUAUCCUCUAGUGAGACUAAUGAAGGCAAAAGCAUUUAGAUGGUCGAGAUAUUGAUCUUUAAGAUGGAGUAAUUGAUGACCUAGGUGGGACCUGUGGUUGAUCAGUCUGACUUUUUCACGUGACAUUUUUCUACAAUGUCCAUAGUAAUGGCCUCCAAUUGCUAACUUGCAGACUCUACAAUCUAAAAAA